AUGCAGUUCCUCCAGGAAAACAAGCAAGCGUUCUACUAUGAGAUUGAGGACGAAGAACAAUCUCAUCGAGAGACAGAUCACUCGUGGCGGCCAUUUGCAUACAUCUUAUUCGCUUUACUUUGCUGCGCAACCAGCUUUUUCGCCGGCACUCGUCUUGGCCUCGCAAAGACACGACAUGCUGCUUCCUCGCCAAUUCCAUGGAUACCAGAAGCACUGGUCACCUUCGAGUCCAACUCCCGGUAUGGAGGUCCUUCAUCCCCCGAGAGCGAUGAAUUCUGGACUUCUCUUUCACCACCGGGAGAGGGAUUCGUCUUGAUAGAUGAUCCUUCCGGCUGGGAUCUCCCACCUGGCAAGACCACGGCCCAGGGAGAACUAUACGACGUCGCAGUUUUCCACCAGCUUCACUGCUUGACCAAGAUACGGGAGCAUGCCUCCUUGCUACGUUUCGCUCUGGGAAAGAAUGACACUGCUGGUUUCCAUAAGAUUAUCAGUCCUCAAGUCGACCACAUGGCACAUUGUUUUGACUAUCUUCGCCAGUCAAUCAUGUGUGCCGGUGACCUCACRUUAGAGUGGCCAAAGGAGGGCUCGAAUGGCGAGCAUCUCGUUGUCGAUGGGUGGGGAGUCCAGCAUCAGUGCAAAGAUUGGAAUGCCAUCUCAGAGUUUGUGGCAAAGAAUAGCCCGACCUUGAGAUAG